ACGCAGUGUGCAGAAGCUGUUAUUGUUUACUUAAUGCUGUGAGUAGAAGAGAUGAAGUGGAUUUAGAAGUGACUUCAUGUGAAACUUAUCAUUAUUAAAACUUCGAAUUAUGAAUUGUUUGAUGUUAUAAACUAUCUUUGCAAUAUAAAACCGCUAAUACGCAGUCAUGCAGAGCUGUGGUUUGGCUUCAGUUCGGCUAAGCAGUCCUGCACAGUUUGGUUCUCUAACACAUGGAGCUGGACUGCUGGACACCGCUAUUGAACACUUAAUAAGAAAUGAUUUUCACCCCGCGUUUGACACCUGCGAGAAAGGACUUGAACUGUUGGCCAGUUCUGAUGGACAGGAGGACAUCAGGCAUGGAGAGAUAAAAGCAUCUCUUUGCAUAGUUGGAAUUCAAGCUUUGGCCGAACAGAACCAGUGGUGUGAUGUUUUGACAUGGGCCAUACGACACUAUGGUGAAAUUGAGCAAAUUCCUGCAAAGAUCAUGCAGAUGUGCAUCAUUCUCUACACCAAAGUGGCUGAGCAGGCAGCAGUGCAGGAAUUAGUUAGAACCUGGUUGCACUGCUCCGUUAAUGCUAACCUAUCAGGUUACAGCAGUGUGGCUGAGCUCUACCUCCUGCAUAUUCUGCUGCCCCUGGGCCUAAACACUGAAGCCAAGGUGCUGCUGGAGAACGAAGUGGGACAGGCUGCCUUCAAUGAUGAACAGAGACAGAAUGCACUUGCACUACUGGAUGGCUAUGGUGCUGAAACAGAGUCACCUUCAAAUCCAAGCCAAGAGCCUGCGCCAGGAAAGUUGGAGGAAGUAAAUACAGCACAAGGAUCAGUCAUCCGGAAGUUAAGAGCUAUCAUUAAAUUGUUGUGCAGGGGCCUCUGUUCCGCACAAGCCACCGUUUGGUCUUGCUUUUUUCGUAGAACUGCUGUUCUGUUAUUCCUACUUUACCUGCUGUUCAUACGUAUGGACUCAGCUUCACCGUCAGCUUUUUCAUGGAUUCUUCGGUUGCAUGGACUACUCCAACAGAUGUGGAAUGCCUUGUUUGGACCAUAUUACAGGGCGUUUUCCUGAAUACUGCACUGGACGAAAACUGAGCUGAAGUGUUUGUUAUUAAUGUAUAAUUUAUGUUAAUUUUUAACUGUAAUUAAUGUACAGUAUAAUUCAUGGGCUAUAAUAAAAUAUGUGUCUAUUUG